AUGGCCAACGCAGAGUCCAGAGAAGUCGACGAUGAUCCCUUCUUUUAUCGCGCCUGUUUGCGAUACGACAUCGAUCCGUCGAGAGGUUCUUACCUCGCCAGUACAGAUCUCUCUGAAUGGUCCUCUGAUGACUUAUGCCGAGUGCUUCAAAAGACUCAUGGUCCUACCGCCACCGCCGACAUAGUGAGUCGUCCAUACUUUUGGCAAAGGCAGAAUUGGGUGAGGCCUCCCAAAGACCUGAUUCAACGGGCCGCGGAGGAAAAAAUGGCGCUUUGCACAAAUAGAUCAGGUGAAUGGGACGCCCGCGCUGACGGAUACUUUGCAAUAUCGGAUGUAUGGGCGGAGGGUCUGUAUGCAGACCCCAGCAACCGGGGCUUGCCUCGGGCAGUUAUUGAGCAAGUUUUCGAGAUGAUAAAGCCUCUCGACGUAGAGUGGAUAUGGCUCGAUAGUUUGUCGGUGCCAGGAGGCCGAAGGUAUUUGUCAUUCGAGGAAGAAUUGGUGAGAGAAAAGCUCAUCAACAACAUGGGAUCUAUCUAUCGCGGGGCUGUCGCUGUAGUCGUAUUUGAUAGGCUGACCAUGAGUCUCGCAUCUCAAGACCCUAUCAACGUCGGUAUCACGCUGCUUUUUAGCCGGUGGUUUAGUCGUAUAUGGACGCUUCAAGAAGCCAAGCUAGCUUCAAGGGUUUUAAUCCUCACCAAGGUCGGCUUCACAGAUCUCUUCCAUGACAUUGUCGAGCCACUCAAAAAUACCGGCAACUUUCCUCAUGAAAAAAGCAAGAUUGACCAAUUACGGACAACUCUUAGCCGUCUCGUUUCUUCCAGGGGCUUACCGACAUCUCUUCACGAACUCGUACUCCUAUCGGCACAUCGUAAAGCUCGUAAUGAUCUGGACUUUUCGCGCGCUUUGUAUGCAUGCCUCGGUCUUGAUUGGAUAGAGACCUUCAACGAGGAGCAAUCAACGAAUUACAUACUGGAGAAUCACAAAGAGGAAGCUACACAGCUGCUCGGAAUGCAUGGCUCUCCCCUUUUGAGAAAUGGCUAUUCAUGGGCUCCACUUCGAUUCCGAGGACUUAAAGGUAAGUUUAUUUCAGGUCUGGAAUGGGAGGAGAAUGGCAUUCGAGGCGACUGGUGCUCAUACCGUGUACGCACAAGUCAUGAGCGGAGAUCUGCGAGUUUACCACGCGAGUCUGUCCUGGAGCUUGAGCUUGAGAGCGACCCACUUGACACAGUGGUUACCGUCAGUUGUGCUUUGAGCAGUGAAGAGAGACCAGAGACAAUUCAAGGUUUUAAGGAUGCCAUUUGUGAUACAAGGGCUCUCCUACUUUCGCACAACGCCCUUGACUGGAUCAAAAACCCUGUGCAAAGGGGCUCACGACAAACUGUGUUAUUGACAAGAAAUGAAGACUCAGCAAAUGAAGCCUUUAUCUUCAUGACAGCAGGCGUGAUAACAUGUGAUAAGCCAGCAUUAACACACGAAGAGAGCUGGUUGAUAUACCACAGGAGUCCUCUCAGUAAUCCCCUUGAUUCCUCAAUUGGUGAUCUUGCCUUACUCGAAGGCCAGAUUACUGAGCUUUGCAGGCUAGGACUAGAAGCUCGGUUGACAAGGCUUGAUGCUGAAAGAUUUGCAUCUGUACAAAGCGCUGUGGAUACCUUUAUGGCUAAUGGAAUGACGGCAAUCCAUAUCGUAUGUACGACAGGCGAUGUUGACGCCCUGAGGAUUCUGCUGGAUGCAGGAGCAUCUAUUGAGAUGCGCGAAAAACACUUCGGCAUGACACCGCUUCAAAUUGCUGUCGCUGCACAGCGUAUUGAAUGUGUCGCUGCCUUGAUCGAUCGAGAAGCUCGACCCAACUUCGCCUCAAGCUCUGGACAGCAACCUCUAGCACUGGCGGUCAUGCAUCGCAACCUCAGGAUUGUGCGGCUUUUAGUCGUUGCUGGUGCUAACGUUGAUAUCGUAAACGAAAGGAACGGCCGUACGCCUUUGCAUACCGCUGUUGGGAUGAACAAUGCCGCAGUGGUCAAAGUCCUGCUUGAAUGUGAUGAUGCUGAGGGGGCUCUGGGGCGAGCAGACGAAAACGGCUACCAGCCCUAUUGGCUUGCUGUCCAGGAUCCUGAUGGAGAUGUUCUUGCGCUGAUUGCUUCAAAAUGGAGCGUUGGUCAAGAAUUCGUUGAUAAUGUCCGCCGUUGGCAUCGGUUCUGGCAUGUAGUUGCUCCAUGUGCACUGUCAUUCAGCAUACCUCUGGCAUUAGUACUAGACAUCGCAAGUCUACUUCUAGCUCAUAGGGGGAAUUGA